AUGGCUGCAUUACCGACAUUUCCAGCUUUUGAUUUACAAGCAGGAGAUCUUAGCCGAGAAUGGAGAAAGUAUGUGUCAAGAUUUGAGAACAUGCUUUUGUCCAUGAAUAUAACAAGCGCUGUUAGAAAGAAAGCAAUGUUAUUACUUUACGUUGGGGAAGAAGUCAACGAAAUAUUCGAGACCUUAGAAGUACAAGCAGCUGAUGAAAACGAAGAUGUAUUUACGAAAGCAGAAAAGGCGUUAAAGAACUAUUCCCGCAGAAGAAUCUUGAAUUUGAAGUCUACAAAUUUCGACAAGCCAAGCAACUCCCGGGAGAAAACAUUUCUGCAUAUUUUACUAGAUUAAAGCAAUUGGCAAAGUACUGUGAAUUUCACGACGAGAAAAGAGAAAUAAAGACCCAGAUAGUUCAGAAUGGUAUUUCGUCGAAGCUUCGAAGGAAAACCUUGGCAGACCCUGAAAUAACGUUGGAGAAACUUAUUCAGAUCGCGAAGUCUAUGGAGCUGUCCGAAGUUCAAGCAGAUGGCAUCGAAAGUGCAAAUCAACUCACAAAGAAAACUGGCCGCCGUGAAAUUAAUCAACAGCGGAACGAAAGCCAAUCGAAGUCGAAGUGCCGCUUUUGUGGUUAUCAACAUGUCCUAGGCAAAAAUAAUUGUCCUGCCUAUGGAAAGCAAUGUCGUGGAUGUCGCAACGAGAAACGUGAAGCGUCGAAGCGAAACGAACAGUCAAAAUUCGCGAAGCGAAACGAACAGUCGAAGCGAAGCGGGCAAUUAAAAACCCCCUCGGGAGGCAGUCGUCGAGUAAACAACUUAAAUGGGCCCAAUGUUGAAUCUAGCUCAGAAGACGAGUACGUGUUUUCAACGUUGACAGUCAGUGCUAUGUCGUAUCAGAAGCUACCAAAAUUUAAAGUCAAAAUAAAUGAGACUCCGAUUAAUGUUAUGGCGGGCACUGGCGCAAGUGUGAACAUUUUAGAUGAAGCUACCUUUGCUAAACUGAGAACAAAUCCUAAAUUGAGCGGAACAAACGGAAAAAAAUAUUUCCAUACGGCUCAAACAAACCGCUACCACUCGUGGGCAAGUGUGAUUGCGAAGUAGAGACAGAGAAAAAGUUUAGCGUGGAAACUUUCUUUGUUGUCAGAGGCACGACUGGCUGCUUGGUAAGCUGGAAGGGCUCACAAAGGCUUGGCCUGGUUCAAGUAGUCCAAUCGGUCGAACAUCCCGGAAAAGAUAAAGUAGAGUCAUUGGUGGAAAGUUACAGUGAUCUAUUUGAGGGACUCGGAAAGUUGAAAGGAUUCCAGGUUCGUUUGCAUGUCGAAAAUAAUGUGCAACCUAUUGCGCAGCCACCGCGAAGGGUUCCGUUUCAUGUUCGGGAAAAGCUCGAGGAACAGUUAUUGAAUGACGAGAAACUAGGAGUUAUUGAGAAGACAGUAGGUCCUACUCCAUGGGUAUCACCAGUGGUCGUGGUCCCAAAGAAAGAAGGAAAGAUUCGAGUUUGUGUGGACAUGCAUGCGUCAAGUUAACAAGUCCAUAAAGAGAGAAAGGCACAUCACUCCGACGAUCAACGAAGUUAUCAAUGAUUUGAAUGGAGCUAAAAUCUUCAGCAAACUUGACUUAAAUCAAGGGUAUAACCAGCUGGAGCUAGCGCCCGAAUCGAGAAAUUUGACAAAGUUUUCAACUCAUCUUGGUCUUCGACGAUUUCGAAGAUUGAACUUUGGAAUUAAUUGUGCCGCUGAAAUUUUUCAAAAUGCGAUUCGAGAAGCACUCAGUGGUCUAAAAGGAGCCUUAAACAUAAGCGAUGACAUUCUGAUUUAUGGAACAGAUGACGACGAUCAUGACGCCAACUUGGAAGCUGCACUCGAAAGGCUACGAGAGCGUGGGCUCACGUUGAAUAAAGGGAAAUGCAUAUUUAAGAAGAAAAGCCUCAUUUUCCAAGGAUACGUAUUCUCAGAGCACGGAAUUUCACCCGACCCAGCAAAAGUAACAAAAAUUAAAGAAUUCGCUACACCGAAAGAUGCCUCGGAAGUGAGAAGCCUGCUUGGUAUGACGAACUUUUGUUGUCGUUUCGUUAAAAAUUAUGCUACAUUGACCCAACCAUUACGAGAACUCAUAAAGAAUUAUGUACCAUUUGUGUGGACAGGGAAACAAGAGCGAGCAUUGGAGAAAGUACGUGAUGCCCUUACGAAUGCUUCAGAAAACGCAUACUUCGAUUCUAUCAAGACAACCGAAGUCUUCACUGAUGCGAGUAAUCGCAGCGAGUCCCGUCUGUGUUGCUGCUGUGCUCACUCAGAAGGAACCUAACAGUGAUGAAAGAAAGAUAGUCGCCUAUGCCAGUCGAGCCCUGUCAAUAACAGAACAGAAUUACUCACAGUUGGAGAUAGAAGCCCUGGCCAUCGUUUGGUCAUGUGAGCAUUUUCAUUUCUACCUGUACGUACGGAGGAAGAUUCGCCGUAUUUACUGACUAUCAACCGUUGGUCACGAUAUUCUCAAUCCCAGCAUCGAAACCGUCAGCUUGUCUAGAAAGAUGGUCCCUGCGUUUACAACCUUAUGACGUCACAAUACGCUAUCACCCUGGAACUGAAAAUCCGGCAGAUUAUCUAUCGAGACAUCCGCUUCGUGAUGUUACUCCGAACAGCCGUCAAGAGAAGGUAGCUGAAGAAUUCGUUAAUUUCCUGGCAGAAACCUCUACGCCUAAAGCCAUUAACCUGACCGAUUUGAAGUCGGCAACGAGAAAUGUAGCCUACGGUGUAGACCUCAGCAGAAACACGUUUCGUGAGGGGUCUACGAAUAAACGAAGAAAAGCUUGCCCGGCCCACGUCAUAUCCGUUUUACGUUUUGGGUAAAUUAACUUCAAUUUAUUCAAAUUUCUGAAGCGUGCGCAAAUGUAAAUUUUCAUUUGACGCUUAUUAAAAUGUUCCAUGGCGGUUAUUUGCUUCAAAGUCCCGUCGAAUAAAAGCGAUAUUAAUUUCUUGGACAGCAAGGAGAACAUACGUAAGGAGUUAGACGACCUUUCCUUCUCCAUUUCACCUACAAAUAGCAUUUGUAAAGCAUGCCUGGCGUUGGUAAACAAACGGUGAAAUGGAGAAGCUUCAAAGAACGGUUUAAGAUGUGAGCUAGACAACACGAUAACGAACGUGCACGAAACAGCAUUAAACGCUAUUGGUAUACCGCUUAAAGUAAAGCGAAAUGUGAGGAAACUGGGAUUCAAGCCGACUUGCGAUAAAAUGUUUAUGCCGGCUACAUUUAGUGUGAAUUCGACUUUGCCUUCGACUUGAGAAAUUGGAUUUCUUGACAAGCUUCAAGCCUUCAACAGCCUAACAGUUUGUACUUUUUAGUCUGUUUGGACAUGUGUUUAAUGGUUGGGUAUAUAUAUAUAGUCGGGUAUAUUUUAUUGCACAAAGUCCGACCUAGCCAUGGAACAUUUUAAUAAGCGUCAAAUGAAAAUUUACAUUUACGCACGCUUCAGAAAUUUGAAUAAAUUGAAGUUAAUUUGCCCAAAACGUAAAACGGAUAUGACGUGGGCCGGGAUAGCUUUUCUUCGUUUAUUCGUAGACCCCUCACGAAACGUGUUUCUGCUGGGGUCUACACCGUAGGCUACGAGAAAUGAAGCUACCCUACAAGCCGUAAUGAAAGCUGUUCAAACCGGGAAAUGGCACGAAACCUCCAAAGAUGCAAGAAUCAACAUUUCAGAUUUUCAGAGUUUUGAGAAAGUAAGAAACGAACUGUGUACUCUACCCGACCUAGUCUUGAGAGAACAUAGAAUUGUGAUUCCCGAAGCGUUACGAGAGAAAGUGAUAGAUAUAGCUCACGAAGGUCACAUGGGAGUGGUUAAAACCCAAGCAUUGAUACGCGAGAAAGUUUGGUUUCCAAAGAUCAGUCGAUUGGUUGAAGAGAAAGUGAAAUGGUUGAAGAGAAAGUGAAAUCGACUUAACAAUCGCGAGUUUAACGAGUUAAUUUGCGAAGCAUUUGGGCUUCACUCACAGAAAAGUUACCCCUUACUGGCCCCCCUUACUGGCCCCGGGCUAACGGUGAAGUGGAGAGGUUCAUGCGCGCCGUGAAGAAGGUGAUAAAGGCAGCUGUGAUGGAGAACAAAGUUUGGAAGCAAGAAAUGCAAAAAUUUUUACGAAACUACAGAGCUACUCCUCACACGUCAACCAAAACCCCACCAGCCACUGCACUGUUUGGCCGCCCAAUGAAAACUCGUUUGCCGCAAAUAGGAAAAGAGUCCAACUCACAGGAUGACUUUAUACGUAAAAACGAUGAUCAUGCCAAACUCAAGAUGAAGUACUAUGCUGACCUGAAAUCCAAUGUCAAACCCAGCCAUUUAGAAGAAGGUGAUACAGUACUUCUGAAGAGCGACUACAAAUGUAAAAUAUUUCCGCCGUAUGAUCCACGUCCAUAUAAAGUGGUGGAGAAGAAAGGAUCAAUGGCCACUGCAAGGAGAGACUCCAGAUCAGUAACCCGUAAUUCGUCUUUCUUCAAGCCUGUUGUAAAGCCGGAAAUGACGAAACAGAAUGCCCAGAACUUUGUGUUCCAGAAAGAUCACAAGAAAAUCCUUACAUCUCUGAAGACGCUGAAU